AUGGUGGACAGUGGAGUGGCCCCUGUAGAUUUGGAGUGUGGCUCAGCAGGUAAGAGCCAAGUGCCCACAGGUCAUUCGAUGUUCUCCAAAGCCUUGGUAUCGAAGCUAUGUGGGGUUGCUGUCUUUGUCACCUUCUGCGUUGUCGCCUCUUUCUUCUUUGCCUGCCAUAUGACGAAACAGAACCAGAAAGAAUUUCAAUCCACAGCGCAAACAAGUUCUGAGGAUGAGCACCAGCAGUUGCUGAAGCAGGUGGCACAGACUGCAAAGGCAGCCGUACACCUGAAUGGUGAACUGCAGCUGGGCCGAGUGGGGGACUCGAUACUUUGGCAAAACAAUGUGAGCCAGGCGUUUUCUCAGGGAGAACUCAGAUUGGAAAACAACGAGAUCAUCAUCCCUCACCCUGGACUCUACUUUGUCUACACCCAGGCUUCGUAUCAUGUGAAAUGUAGGCAGAACAGCGAUGAUGAUGAAGACAGGCAUUCUCCUGUCAGUCUUACCGUGUUCCACCAGUCCAUCGCCCUCAAUGGCAAAAAACUGCGCCUGCUCAGAAGUGUGAAGUCAGUCUGUCAGAGUGCGGAGAACGACGCAGACGAUGACGAGAACUCAUACACCACCGUUUACCUUGGUGCAGUGUUCCAACUUCAUGCAAAAGACAAAUUAUCAGUAGAAUCCAAUCACCUCACUGACAUAGAAUUUGAGCCGGAAAAGACUUUCUUUGGGGUGUUUGCAUUAGGUGGUGCCAGUGGAUGUCAUCAUCAUUAG